CUAGCGCUUCUGACAGUUUUUACUUCGAAGCGAAGUCGAUUCUUUCUUCCUCAUUCAAACAUCGUGUUUGUUGUCGCUCGUUAAAAUACGCAAUUUCAGAUCUUUGGAGAUAUCGGAAUAUUUUAUUCGCUUCAACUUAAUUCGGAAUGAAUGUUUAGAACGACGCCGAAAGUUAAUUUUAUGGUGAUUUUGUGAUUAUUUUUUUAUUUAUUUAAUCAGUGUAGUGGAUUUUUAUGGAUGAAAUGACGUCCAGUGUCAAACAGACCGUUAUAAAAAAUCCAACAUGGUGGAAAAGACGGACAAGUAUGGAAAGGUGUCUAACCUUAUCAACGGGCAUUGCCUUUCUUGUUGGAAUUUCAUUAGUCAUAGCACUUGCCACGGUAUUAGUUAGUCGAAAUCGAGAAAUUACAAAUAGACCAUAUACAGCAGAACCUUUACAAGGUAAAAUUAUCACCAUCACCUCACCGGAUCAAGUAGAGGAAAAAGUAUGCUUAACUCCGGGUUGUAUCCAUACUGCGUCUAGAGUUUUGGAAUAUAUGGACGAGAACGUCGAUCCGUGUGAUGAUUUCUAUCAAUUUACUUGCGGAAAUUUUAUAAAAAAAACUAUUAUUCCUGAUGAUAAGUCAUCAGUUACUUCCUUCACUAUAAUAGGAGACGAACUUCAAGAGCAACUGAGAACUAUGAUUGAAGAACCUAUUUCAGAAGAGGAACCUAAGCCGUUCAAGCUAACUAAACGAUUAUAUCAAGCGUGUAUGAAUAAAACAUUGAUUGAACAAGAAGGAAUGACGAGGAUAAAUCAAGUUUUGAAAGAAUUGGGAGGUUGGCCCGUCCUAGAAGGUAUUUCAUGGAAUGAAAAUAAUUUUGAUUGGAAAGAAUCGGUGUACAGGUUCCGCAGAAUCGGUUAUGGAGUAGAUUAUUUUAUUGAUUUCUCUGUAGUUGGAGACGUUAAAAAUUCUACCAGACGAAUUAUUGAUUUAGACCAAGCAUCUCUCGGAUUAAGACGGGAAUUUCUAAUCAAAGGAUUAGACGAAAAAAUUGUUAAAGCAUACUACGAUUAUAUGGUCGACUUGGCGGUACUUUUUGGUGCCGAAAGAGAAAGGGCCGCUAAAGAAUUAAAAGCGUCUUUAGAUUUUGAAAUACAAUUAGCGAAGAUUUCUUUGCCAAGCGAAAAACGUCGUAAUAUGACAGCUCUGUACAAUCCAAUGACAAUUCAACAGCUUCAAAAAAAAUUUAAUAGCAUACCUUGGGUAGAAUAUAUAAAUAACCUUUUAAGUCCUGAUACUAGAGUAGAUUCCAGUGAAAUUGUUGUUGUGAAUGUUCCAUCGUAUUUGAAAGCAUUCGAAACGUUGAUCAGCAAAACACCCAAACGCGUACAAGCAAAUUAUGUCAUGUGGAGAGCUGCUUCUAAUUCGGUAUCGUAUUUAACAGAUAGACUGAGGAAACGGCAGUUAGAAUAUACUUCAGUUAUUACGGGUAAAACGGAAAGAGAACCUAGGUGGAAGGAGUGUAUUGAUAUUGCAGCUGGAAGUUUGUCAAUUGCGUCAGGUGCACUUUACGUUAGAAAAUAUUUCAACGAAGAAGCUAGACAAAAUGCAUUAGAAAUGGUUAAAGAUAUUAGAACGGAAUUUGAACAUAUAUUGAAGGUAGUCGAUUGGAUGGACGAAGAAACACGAACCAAUGCGUUGGAGAAAGCGAAAUCUAUGACAACACAUAUCGCUUACCCGGACGAACUACUAGACGACGAAAAAUUGAAAGAAUUUUAUGAUGGCUUAGAAAUCGACUCAAAACAUUAUUUUGGUUCAGUAUUGAACCUCACUCUUUUUGGUACCAGAUUUUCGUUUAAGAGAUUGAGACAACCCGUAAACAAAACCGAUUGGAUUACUCAUGGUAGACCUGCUGUUGUUAACGCUUUUUAUUCGUCCAUAGAAAAUAGUAUUCAAUUCCCAGCUGGUAUACUCCAAGGUGUCUUUUUCAAUUCGGAACGUCCGAGGUACAUGAAUUACGGCGCCAUAGGCUUCGUUAUCGGUCAUGAAAUAACGCACGGAUUCGACGAUCAAGGCAGACAGUUCGACAAAAACGGUAAUUUGGUCGAUUGGUGGCAAGAAACUACCAAAGAACGUUUCGAUGAAAAAGCCCAGUGUAUCAUAGAUCAAUACGCUAAUUACACCGUUCCAGAGCUCAAUCUUCAGUUGAAUGGCAUUAACACGCAAGGCGAAAACAUAGCUGAUAAUGGUGGCAUCAAAGAAGCAUAUUUAGCUUACAACACCUGGGUAUCACGUAACGGGGAAGAGCAUUUUUUGCCUGGUCUCAAAUAUACAGGUAGACAAAUGCUCUGGAUAUCGGCAGCUAGUAUUUGGUGCUCGCGAACCAGAAAAGAAGAAUUAGAACAAUUAAUUAUUACAGAUGAACACGUACCUGAUAAAUUCAGAGUAAAUGGACCUCUAGCUAAUAUGGAAUAUUUUGCUAAAGAUUUUAAUUGUCCUUUAGGAUCUCCUAUGAAUCCUGUAAACAAAUGUCAAGUGUGGUAGCUUUUUUAUCGAUGUCCUUUAUUAGGAUGUUGAUUUGUAUUUAAGUUUUUUUAAGUCUAUUUGCUCUGUAUUUUGGCAACAACGCACAACCGUCUAUGUAAAUCCUUAAUAUUUUUGUAGAAUCACCUGUUGGAACAUUAUUAUAAAUAAAAUGUUAUUAUUCAUUGUUAAUCGGUAAGGGAGGGAGCAUCGUGUUUUUUUUGAUUGAUAACAAAACAUUCGAUUUCAAUCCACUCAGUAGAAUGUUAAUUUAACAGUUAAUUAUUUUCAACUGUUGCAUAACAAAUAUCAAUUAUUACAGUAAUUAGGGAAGAGUGGUUCAAAGAGAAACUUUACUAAGGGGCGUCCAUAAAUCUCGUGAUGGAUUUUGAAGCAUUUUUGAACCCCCUACCCCCUCACGUGAUUGAGCAGGAUGAAAUAUUGAAUUUAUUUCAAUUUCUUAUUCAUCAUCUUCAACCCAUGUAGAUUGCAUGUUAUUUUCAAUGGUAACUAAUGGUGCAACGCAUUCAUCUGCACUCGUGGUCUCGAACGUUUUUUUCAAGGUCACAUUCUAUAUCGUUAUUUUCUUCGUUAAUAGUUGGAGUCUUACUUUGAGUUGAUUAUUUCACAAUGUGAAUGCGCUGAUGUACCUUAACCGCUUUUUUAGAACAAAAGUAAAUUCCACAGUAUUUACAUGUUCUCUCUGUGACUUUACUGUUGGACAAUAGUAGUCAUAUGGCAAUUUUUCAAUAUUUUGCCAAUAUUUUCCAUGUGAAGGCUAUUCAUUAAUAAAAAUUCUGCAAACAAUUUACCAUCGUCUUCUUGCUUGUUUGGUACUUUUAAACCUUCUUUGCUCUGAUCAAUUGGUAUGGGCGCCCGUAAAAAACUACAUUUAACCAAGAACUUCGCAUCUUAGAACAGCUAUCAACUACACAUACUGUCCGAUGACAACUUGUAUAUGAGAGAGCUGAACAUCGAUAGCCAGUGCACUAGACGUGCAAGUUUGAGCCUGCACGGAACUCGACUCGCAGUUGGCAGCCUUACCGUUUCAAAUAUACGAGAUAUUUUUCUGAAACAGUUGGCUUUCACGACCUUCAAUUAUAUUCUAUAAUAAUGUUGUUUCUAUCGUUAAACUUAUUAUAUAAAAUUAUUUAAAAAAAUAUUCAUUAGCAAGUAAUGCAGUAAAAUUUUCAGUAUUUAUUUUUUAGUAGACAGAAAUCUGAUUCUGCAACGUUUUGAAAUUCUUCUAUUUGAACAAAAAUAUUGAAAAUAUAAUAAUAUGACGAGAUUAGUUUGCUAAUCACCCCGUCUCUCAUGUGAUCGACCAGGAUGUUUGUAUGCAACCCCCUCCCUCACAGCCAUCAUGAGAUUUAUGGACGGCCCCUAAGUUAUGUCAAUAAUUUCACAUCAUUUACUUAAAGAGUAAAUUCCAUAUCAGUGAAUAUUAUUCUACCUCAUAGAAUUCAACAAAUAUUUCUGCAGUAAGUGGCAAAAUGUUUUAGUGUGUGGACCACAAUAAAGCAGCAAUUAUUGUACUUACAAGUUUACUUCAAAUUAUUUGUUCUGCCUUCUUGUUUUCAAACAAUUGAGAGUUUGAGAGGAUGAAAACAGUAUAUAUGUUUAGAUGAUAAAAUUGGUUAAACCUAUCUUUUCAUCAGCCCUUUGAAAUCUCAUUAUUGGUUCGUUCAUGCUUUCGUCAAAGCUGGAUUUUUCCCUCAACUCUUAGUUUUACUUGCUUCUCGAUUGUAUGGAGUAAAACAUUUUCCGCGGUUUCUCUUAUCCACGUUUUCAGCAUCCGCUUCUAGAAAAGUUCUUAAUUUGAGGUAACAAACCACAACCAGUGGCGGUUUUACAAAUUUACCGCCACUACUGACGUCUGAAAUUUGAAAUCUCAGGUCUCAAUUAGAGGCAAUGAAGAGACGUUAAAGUAUUUAGUAUAAUAUACUGCAUAUAUAUUUUCAAUUUUUAUUCAAUAACUCUUGAACGGUUAUCGGAAACGUUUAUAGAUAUUUUCUGCGCAAUCUCCGGCUAUUUGUAACAGUACUUGCUAUCAACCAAGUAUAGAAAACGGAUUCACAAACGAUACCCAAGUCGGUUGGGACGUAAUCUCUAUUGCGCAGAAUCGUCACCGUACCAUGAACGGUUUUUUGAGGGAUUGGAACGACCCUAAUUGGUUUGUUCCAACCUGCUAAUCGAAACCGUUCUUGGAAGCUUUUAAAUUAUAUUUUCUGCGCAAUCACCGGCUAUGCACGAUUAUUGUAACAGUACUUGCUAUCAACCAAGUAAAACGGUAACCGCCCGGUUGGUACACGUAAUCUCUAUUGCGCAGAAUCGUCACCGUACCAAGGACGAUUUUUUGAUGGGUUGGAACGAACCUAAUAUCUCGAUUUAAAGUAGCAGCUUUCUUCUCAUUAUUUGUAUGAUUACAAACUGAAAAUAACUGAUGAGUUCAUCAGUCACGGUGCUAGUAAUGAAUGUUUACAAACCCUUCCACUCGGUUCAGUGAGAAGAAGCUAUAACACAUCUGCGUGACAAACACAAUCAGCUUCUUAAAAACCAGUAGCUACGGUAUCAAAUAGUUUUCGACCGAAAAUAUUUACGAAACCAGCGCUGGUUGCUAGUUAAUAGUAUAAACAGAGAUUUUAAAAAAUAGUUACAUUAAGUAAUUUACUAUAAAAAAACAUUUCAUUAUAGUAAAACCAUUGUUUGUUAUAGGUAUUCACAUACCUUUUUGGAUGUUAUUGUCCAUUUUUGUACUCAAACUUUUCUGCUAUUAGUCGGUACGUUUUAGUAACUACAUAGCAGGGUUUAUACAUUUUUAAUGGUUUCCCUUUUAAAGGAUCUAAUUUAAUAGAAAACCCUAUAAAAAUAUUUGUAAUUAAUUAUUAUAUACUACUUACAGUAGUACUGAAAAACAAUGAGGUAUGAUUUCAAAUAAACAAUUUCAAUUAGAAUGUAUAUCUUUAUAAUAUGAAAUUUUGAGCAAGGUGAUAUAUUAUGAUGUAAAUUAAUUAGAAAACAGACUGAGACGUCUAAAGAAAGGUACAUUUUGUGUCGCUAAUUACUUAUUUCUAAAAGUUAAACGGAGUAAUGGUUAGACAAAUUUGCUCUUUCCAUCAGUAACUUAAUUACUUAUAAAUAAUUAUUUAUCAUGUCACUUUCAGUCCUUGUUAUACAAAUAGCUAUUUCGUUAUCUCCACAUACUUUUCAGAAUGUCUGACUAAAGCUUCUUUGCCACUAUAAAGAUAUAAUGCUUCUUUAGAUUCAAAAUGUUGGUACACCGGACGGAGCCAGAUCAGAGCUAUGUAGUGGAUAUACAUCUAGACGGAUUAUUCUACGUUUGUUUUCGAUAAUUUUUGCCACUCUAUGAAAUCUCUUUUGGAUGCCAAAUCAUAAGAAUAAAGCACUUUCUUUCUUGGUCCUCACGGUUCUAAAAAUUGCGCAGAGCAUUCUACUCCACGCUGCUUUUCCAUUGUGCUGAGAAUUCGAGCACUACUUUUUAUCAUAUUUGAGGGCUCAUGUAGAUUCUAUAGGACACUUGUUUUGGAAAUUCUGGUUUAUACUGCAAUUACUUAUAUUUAGGUGCCAGCAAAAAACUUGUAGACCAAGAGCCAGUGACCAAUUUCACCAGCCACGAAAUUUUCUACAGUAAAUCCUCCGAGUCUGAAGUAUUAUAUAAUUAAGUAGGCAAAUCAACACACGAUAAUCGUCUUUACACGAGUAUCUUAUCAAUCUUUAACAAAAAAAAUUUUUUUUCAAUACUUCAUUAUAAUAUAUUUAUUCUAAUAGCAAGAUCGAAGCACGAGUAAAACUGAACUGCACUCCAAAAAUGUUCGUAAACGACUACUGAGGUGUUGAAUUGUAAGCAACAUCCAAACCGUUGGAGGAUUCCUACUUUUUAUUCAUACCUGUGUUAGGACUUUCGAAAUGUGAAAUGUUACGCGUUUUAAUAUGUUCCCGUAGUAUCCUUGACAAAGACCUAGAUAAUAUCUGCGUCAAAGGUAAAGAAAAAUCUUUCAAAAGUCAAGUUUCAACAAGAUUAAGAAAAAUCAAUUGCAUUAUGUAUCAUUUUGGAUAUACGUCUAAUGAAGACCACAUAUGCCCAAUAAGCGCUUUCACUCUAACUAAAAUAAAUCUUAUUUCUCACCCUCCUUGUAAUUUUAGGGUAGUCUACCCCGGCCACACAGGGCUGCCAGAAGUGGCUUGUCAUUUUCAAUAUGUAUAGAGGAUUUACUGUCGAAAGUUUCGUAACUUUUGAAAUGACCACCUAAAACUUGUCACUGGCUCUUCCUCUAUUAAACCAAUUUUUAACUGUCGAAAAUGAUGGACACUAGUUACCGUAACCCGCCUCCAUUCUGUUUUUCAAUCACAAAUUUUAUAACAGCAUGAAACUCAAUUUGUGAAUUUUGAUAAAAUUUAUCGACGCAACAAUUUGAAAGUUUGUAUAAUGCUUGUUGAGACUUAAAUAUCUUUGCGAACGCUCUCUAUUUACUAUUCGAGGCCAAGAACUCACGGACCGCACUUUUGUAUAAUAUAGUAAAAAAAAGACAAAUCGGCUAUUUUACAGAUUUAGAUCUCUAGAUGGAUAAAUAGAAAUCUAGUUAAAAAGCUAACGCAAUACAAAAUUUAACAUUGGUGGUGUAUUGGUGAUUGUGGUUCUGAUCUAUAUACAAAUUAUUGAUUCCAUAAUCAUCCUGUGUAAUAUUUUAUGUACAAUACUUUGAUCAACCUAUUUUUGUAAUUGAAAAUAUACAUUUCUAUACAUUAGAAGCCUCAAUUAUGAAUAUUAACAUGUUCCAAUGUAAUUAUAAUUGAUUAAAUAAUUAUCAUAUCAUUGUUAAAAACCGGUUUGUUUAAAGAAAGAAUUUAAAAACAUCCUUUAUAACUUACCAAUAGUUUCUAUAUAAUUUAAUCGGUUUUGUGUUACUACCGCUGUCAGGAUGAGGUGUCCUUGUGUUUUGUUUUAUCGUUGUUAUUGAAACCACAUCACCAAUGAAAUCAUAAAAAUUUUUUACUGGCGUAUGGCGACCCAUCAAAACGAUCAAAAGAUAUAACUUACAGUAUGAAUUGCCUUUCUUUUAAUGGAACAGUUAGUUUACUGAAUUAAUUUAUGGCAUAAAUCGCUAUUUAGAAUUACAAAAUGUAAUUGUAAUGCUACGUUUACUCGCUUGACGAAGCUUGGCAAAUGUACACAAACCCCAAGUCUUCAUAAACGCUUGGAUAGCUAUAGCGUUAGUGUGUUUAGGACAAUCAACUUUGAAGUAGUGUUAGCUAAUACGUUUGGUUCGACACAUUUAACAACAAAGGAAACGAAAAUGUCGACAGUGAAGAUGGUGGAUGUUAAAAAGUCAGGCAAGAGCUCGUAAGCGACAAUAAAAACGAACCAACUUGUAAAUAAUUAGUGAGUGAAUGCUACACAAGCUUCUUUUGAUCUGUGUUCUAAAACCGAUACCAGCUUAAAUCGGCGGCAAGCUCAUGUAAGCUAAGCCGAACACCCCGUUUACAUGCUUGUGUUCGUGGACACUUGCCAAGGCUUGCCAAGAAUUUAAAAGUAACAUAAUUGAUUAUGAAAAUCAUGUAAAACACUUUUUUAUAGUAAAUCUAAUUUAAAACUUAUUUCCUUCGUUUUUUCUUACCAAAUAAUUUUUACUUCAAGAUAUACAAUCAACAGGUGAGGAAUUCAUGUGUAUUUAUUAUACUUGCAUGUUUUGUUGUUGACAACGUAUAUUAACGAUAAUUUUGUGUGUCACUUUUCACAAAAAGUUGUCUUAAACUAGCUAAUACUUCAUACCAUAUAGGAGAAAUGGCUUCCAUUACGUAAUUUAACAUGUAUAACCUUUUUCUUUAAUACAGAAAUGUCUGUUUACAUAUGGAGCGCGAUAAACAUGAAAUUUGUGUAUUGUUAAGAAAUUAUUGGAAACAAAAGUUUAAGGCAGUCAUAGCUGCUAGGAAAAUAUGUGAAACUGAAGGGGAAGGCAUAAUUAAUAAGUGUACGGCACAUCAUUGGUUGAAUCGUUUCGAUAGUGGAGAUUUGACGCUUGAAGAUCAUUUGCGCUCAAAUGCAUGGAAUAUAGAGGUUAAAAGUAUGGUAGUAGAAAACUAAUCUAGUAACUGCACUAAGCUGACUAUCGGAAUCCCUUGGAUCUUCUAAAAAUACCUUAAAAUCUAUAAGUAGGAUCUAUGAAAGUGCUCGAAUAGUACCUGAAGAAUUAACCGAGAUUCAACUGAAACGUCUAAAUAACCCCAAUAUGGAAAAUUAGUUGUUAUAUAGAAAAAAAUUAUCAGAACCCGUUGUAAAGAGAGUUUGAAUCGAUCGGAAAGCCUUCAAUGUGUAGAAUCAACCUUCAAUACUAACGAAGUAUAAAGCAUCUUUUAAACCAUCACCCAAUAGUCCAAAACUUUCAUGACAUCUAUCAAACUCUCAUUGUAUGUAUUUAAAUAUUGGGAUAUCAUAUACACUGCGACCCAAAAGAUUUAUUGUGUCCCGCUUUCUUACUGCUUUACUGGAGAACCCAGUGUUUACAGCUGAUCUGUUAAUCCAACUCCUUUUAAAAAGUUUAGAAAGUGGGAUGACUCUAAUUGCCUUCCAGGUCUAGUGCUUUGGAGUUUCGUAGUGUUCCGAGAGAAUGUGGAUAAAGGUUUCGUCCUCUGUGUAACAAAAUCUUCACGCCGCAUUAUCUGCUAAGUCUAGCAUCUUCAGGUGUUUGUUGAGGCUAUUGUGUCCCAAUACGACUUGCUCUUGCGUGACGGUUCGUUUGUAGUUAUCACUGGUUAUGUCUAUGGACAAUAGAAUUGAAACUAAUUGCUAUUUAUUAAUAAAUAUAAGUAGCAAAAACAAUUUUAGCUUAUGUGGCAUGAAUAGUAUAAUCAUUCACUAUGUUUACUGAGCUAAAACUUCGUUCACAAGAAACGGGACCUUUUGCAGAUCCAACCAUUAUUAUUAAACGACAUAGAAAUGCAACAACUCCACAACUUGAAAACCAAAUUUUUCAAACGAACAUGCAACAGUUGAGGUGAUCAAAAUUAGGUGCAAUACGAUUUCAAUACUCGGCCUCACAUUACCUCUAAAAUUAACUCCCAGUCUUUUUAAAGAAUGUACCUCUCAUAAUAAGAUGCGUUUGUGGUUCAUGCUUGAUGGUGCUGGUUGGAGCAAUCGAGGACGUUUUAACAUAAAGUUUCACCACAAGUGGUUUCCAAGGUUUCUUGGACACCAUUAUCUGGUUUUUUGUAUGUGGGAAUAUUUAAAUCACUCAUUUGAACAAUGUCCAUAUUAAAUUUGGGAAGUCAUUGAAAUCGCAUUAUACGAGGUAGCAUUUCAAGUUUUUCAAUGCAUUUAACAAUUUAUAAAAGGUUAAGUUAACGCUUUUAUUUUAGAUGUAGGUGCACAUUUUGAACAUCUUCUCGGAAACGAAGAAUUUUUUAUUUAUAUUCAUCAAUCACUCAAAAACGAAAAGAAUUUAUCUAAUAAAAUUAAGUAACAUAUUGUUAAAAAAUCCUGUAUUUAGAGUUUUUUGUUGACUUUUGUUAACUCAAUCAAUGGCUGUUUUAGAUUCUAAUGUUAAUUUGGUAGCUCUAGACUAUAAAUAUCAAAAAUAAUUUGAUUUUUUGGGUGGGAUUGAAUCAAACCUUUACUUUUAAAUAAAAAUCCUGUAUUUUACUUGUAGACUGCUCAAAGACGUUUAUAGAUGACGAGAAAGUGAGUUUCGUUUACAAAGCAAAUGCUUGUAGCCUACCUGAAGUCUCUGCACGUAUAAAUGCAUGUUAGCACUUUGGAGUGAAAAGUUUUUUUUGUGUAAUCGCACGUUUA